AUGCAGACUGUUGUCGAUCAGAGGGGGCUCUACGAGGCGUGUGUGAUCACCUUUGUCGUUCACCAGGUCCCGUCUGCCCCUGCCGAUCCCAACUUUACUCAGUGGCGCACUGCCCAGACCUCUCUGAGUCACCUGACUAAUCUGCACCAUGACCCUCUGUGCUCCGUCGAUCACCGUUCUCGACGCUCUCGUCACUUUCUUCUUUCUGCCGCCCCCAAGACGCACCACACCUCCCCCCCUCCCUCCCUCGAGGUGGAGGGAGCGUCUCCCGCCGUCAUGGUGUACGAGUGGGCGGACAAGAGGGAGAUUUGUUAUCAGAUGUACAUCCAGGAACGAAAGUCCCUUGAGUACAUUAUGAACUACAUGAAGACUCAUUACAACUUUGGACCAAGUAAACGAGCUUAUCAAACCCAAUUCAGCCGCUGGGAGUUCCCUUCGAAGCAAAAUCCAGCACAUAAGAAUGCCAGCCUGGUUGCCCGAGUCGGGGAGCUGUGGGAGCAGAACACCGGCCAGCGCGAUAUGCUUCGAAUUCUGGUGGAAGAGGGGUUCACAAUCUCCGAGCGGGAGUUGAUGCGCGUCCGCUCAAAGAAUGGCUGGCUUCUUCGCGUCCCCAAUGGCAUGAAGCCAACCCCUGGUGGUGGAUCUCGGUCGCAGAGUGUCCAAACCAGCGAUGAGGGACUCCUUGCGCUUCAGCAGGAGGUGUACAACCAGGAGAUGUCAUUCGAAGGCACAGAGUCGACUUCUGCUGAACCGGGACCCUCGCAUUCGCCCCCCGAGCCAGAGCAACCCGCUGCAUCGACCCUGUCUCCAGAAGUGGUGGCAAAGCGCAAGGAGCGCUUUGAUCAGCUUCAGAUGGAAAGUGAUGAGCGCUGGGCAUCUCGAAAGCGACGUCGCCGCACUCGUGGCUGGGCCGGGUUGCCCGCUGAUCCACCGGGGCCUCCUCGUUAUCCGUCGGAGACGACAAUCGAGGAAAGCAAGCAGUAUCUCAACCUGGACAACAAGACGUAUCGUCACCUCCGAGUGCACUUCCAGAAGAUCUGCGAAAGGGAAGGGCUCAAGAAGAAGACCAUUGCGGGAGAUGAGCGAUGGCAAGCGGCCAAGGAUCAGUUGAUCCAAGACAUCCCUCACCUUCAACAUCUCUUCAGUGUUGAGCCGAAUCAGAACGAUGCGAGAGCACUGGCGCUUGAUGUCGUUUGUACCGAUGUGACCAAACGGAUGAGGACCCUGGAGAGUCGCAUGAGCCUGCUGGACGCCAAAGUGGCAUUGGGAGUCAACCCCGCCGAAAGUCGCCAGAUUCGAGACGCCUUCUAUGACAUUCUGAGGGCGGAUCACUUCACCAGUAAGCUGGAAGCCGGUGAGGAACACUGGGCGGAUCUGAAGGGAAGAUGGAUUCAGGGCUCCUCGCUUCUCCAGCAGAGGUUGCAAGGAGACUCUGCAGAUCCAGACCAAGCGCUGAGAUUGAAAGCCGCGGAGGUGCUCUGUCGGGAUGUUAUGAAGCGCUUUCGAGAUGAUCAGACCAAGAGAGACCCGGCUCGCAAGAGAUCUACUCCACGAAGGUCAUCACAGGCCGCGGCUUCAUCUCACAACGGCAACGCCCCCGUUGAUCAGCAGCACAAUCUGCUGGGUCACGAAAUCAGCAACGGAAUCAGCACCCUUGCGUCUCAGGCCUUGGCGAGUGCUCCCAUCUCGGCUAGCGAGCUGGGCGACAUGCAAAUCGAUCCCUCUCUUCUUCAAGCGGCCAACGAUCCCACCUCAUUCUCGGGAAAUGCAACGACACCGCAUGAGGCGGGCACUCCGUUUGAGUAUAUGGAUCCCAUGCUUCACUCCACCAUACUCAAUCCAGUUGUUUGGUUCCAGAGCAGCCCCCAGAGCCAGAUUCAAGGACCGCCUCCAAAGCCAUGGACAGACAAGCUCGCCACGCGCUCCGUCGAGGAAAUGCGUCAGAUUAUCACAUCCCACUUUCCCUAUGCGAUCCUCAGUAAGAUCGAAGGAAUGGCCAAGGAUGAAAAUGAUCAAGACACGCUUUAUCCUAUUGACGAAGACCACGAACUGGACGCCUAUUUGUCUCAUGUCUUUGAGAGAAAGGCUGAAGCUGUGUUCCUCUACACAGUGGGGCAAAUUUGA